CCGAGUGAACAGAUCCAGCAUCUGUUAGGAGAACACGAAGAUGACACAAGUACAUGUGAUGUAUUCUGUCAAAUGGACUGUUUGUUUAAAUUGGCAAAUGCUAUGGAAUGGAGAGAAACUGCUAGAUGGGUGAAGUAUGAAGAAGAUGUAGAAGAAGGAGGUUCGAGAUGGUCCAAACCUCACGUAGCUUCCCUCUCCCUCCAUUCUCUAUUUGAAUUGAGAAGUAGUUUACUAUCUGGAUCAGUUUUAUUAUCCGUGGACGCCUAUCAUAUCACACAAGUUGCUGAUCUCCUGCUCGACAACCUAAUAAACGCUAAAUUACUGGAGGAAGAUUUGAGAGAUCAGGUUAAGGCAGCUUUCAUCGCCCCCCAUUCCUUUCAACAUUCCAAAAAGUUUGGACGUCGAACAUCGUCUGCUGAUCCAGAGAGUAUGGGAUUAGGACGUCGAUUGUCACGAGCCAUCAUUGGACAGUCCUUUGGUAGCAGAAAAGGUAUCGUUAAGAUUUCAAACAUAACACAGCAUUUUCAUUUUCAGUUAAAUCAACAUUUCAUGAGGAAAAUUCCCGAUGGUGCCGAAGCCGCUAAUAUUUGGAUUGGAGAACUGGAUUGUCUGAAAUACCAGAUCACUGCCUUUAUUAGGUUAUCGGAAUCUAGAACUCUGGGUGAUAUAACCGAGGUUCCUCUACCAACUCGAUUUAUUUUCUUCCUGCUCGGCCCACCCGGUAGUCAAACCAAGAAUUAUGAAAUUGGUCGUUCCAUGUCAACUAUCAUGGUAGAUGAGGUGUUCCGAGAAGUGGCGUAUAAAGCUAGAAAUAGACAAGACAUAUUAGCUGGUGUUGAUGAAUUCUUGGACCAGGUCACAGCUCUGCCUCCUGGUGAAUGGGAUCCUAAGAUUAGAAUUGAACCCCCACAGAGCGUUCCCUCACAGGAACCGAGAAAGAUUAAACCUAAAGAAAUACCAGACGAUGAGGAAGAUGAGGUGGAAUGUCAUGGUGAUCCCACUCUAGUCAGAUCCGGAACAAUAUUUGGCGGUUUAGUUGCUGAUGUGAAGCGAAAGUUGCCGUGGUAUGGAAGUGAUUUCAAAGACUGUUUGCAUAUCCAAUGUGUAGCUUCUGUUAUUUACCUAUAUCUCGCUACAUUGACUCCUAAUGUUACAUUUGGUGGUUUACUUGGAAAGGCUACCGACGAUUACAUGGGAACAAUGGAAUGUAUUUUGACAGCAUCGAUCUGUGGUGUACUGUUCGCUCUGUUUGCUGGUCAACCUCUCAACAUCCUAGGUAGCACUGGCCCAAUGUUGGUACUGGAGAUGAUUCUGUAUAAUUUCUGCGCUGCCAACGAAUGGGAUUUCCUACCGUUUAGGGCAUGGAUAGGAAUCUGGACGGGUGUAAUUCUCUUAAUUAUCGUGGCUUUUGACCUGAGUGCCCUGGUGCGGUAUAUAACUCGCUUUACAGAAGAAAGUUUCGCGUGUCUGAUAGCCAUCAUCUUUAUCGUGGAAGCUUUCAAGAAGUUGAUCGGCCUACUGCAUGAGACGCCGUAUCACAACCUUCGGACUCAUCCGGGCCCGAUGUUCUACCACUGUUUCUGCACCGCACCCAACAUGACCGACAUCAAGACGAACUGGUCAGCUAUUGAUACCCUGAAGACCUGUAAGAAAGCUCAUGGAAUUCCCUCCCCGGAUUGUUUCCAUCAUCCUAUUGUUCCUGAUGCUUUCUUCAUGUCAGUUUUAUUGUUCUUUGGAACCUUCAUCAUUGCCUUCAUGUUGACGUUCAUGAAGAACUCUUCCUUUUUUCCAUCCUCGGUUCGUCAAACUAUGUCCGACUUUGCUGUGUUGAUUGCUAUAUUGGUAAUGGUAGGCUGUGAUGUCUGGGCUGGUGUCGAUACUGCCAAGUUAAAAGUACCAACAGAAUUUAAGCCUUCAAGAGACGGACGACCGUGGUUUAUCAAUCCUAUCAGUGACAAGAAUCCAGUAUACCUGAUCCCUGCUGCCAUUAUCCCAGCUCUCUUGGCCACUAUUCUUAUCUUUAUGGAUCAACAGAUUACUGCUGUCAUCGUCAACAGAAAAGAAAACAAACUGAAGAAAGGAAGCGGUUAUCAUUUGGAUAUGUUUGUAGUGGCUGUGUGUAUUGUUCUCUGUUCCUUGUUGGGUCUACCUUGGUAUGUUGCUGCAACAGUCUCUGCCUUAGCUCAUGUGAUGAGUUUGAAGAAAGAGUCAGAAUGUACUGCCCCUGGUGAAAAACCAACAUUUUUAGGUGUAAGAGAACAAAGAGUGACUGCUUUAGUUGUUGGAUUAUUGAGUGGAUUAUCUGUUCUUUUUACUGGAAUUCUCAGAAUUAUUCCCAUGGCUGUUUUAUAUGGUGUAUUUUUAUACAUGGGUGUUGCUGCUUUGCGAGGUAUGCAGCUGAUAGAUCGUCUCUUGCUGCUAUUUAAACCAGCUAAAUACCAACCCGAUACUUCUUACGUACGACAUGUGCCAAUUGGUAGAAUUCACCUGUUCACCUUUAUACAGUGUUUAUGUUUAGGUGCUUUAUGGGGUAUCAAAUCAUGGAAAGCUGCGUCUAUUGUCUUCCCUAUUAUGGUGUUAGCUAUCUGUUUUGUACGAAAAGGUUUAGAAUACAUCUUCCCUGGCAAUGAAUUGAAAUGGUUAGACGAUCUCAUGCCGGACGCGGCUAAGAAAGAGAAAGAAGAUGAACAAAAAUUUACAGAACAGGAGGUACAAACAGUACAACAUGACAGAUUGGGAGAAAAGUUUGCUCCUCACAUCAUUCGCCGUGGCUCUGUUGACACCGACAGGGUCAACAUUAGUGAAGAAAUGUCAAAAACAGCAAUCUGGGCAAAGCUAAAACAAGAUAACGAAGACAGGUAA